AAUUUCAGUGAUUAACAAUGCGAUUAUUCACAGUAUUGGCCAGUUUGUUCGAUGACUACCAACGGACAACGUCCAAAAAGCUAAAACUUAUCGAUGCAUACAUGUUCUAUGUCUUCAUUACCGGUGUCGUCCAAUUUGUUUACUGUGUCCUUGUUGGUACAUUUCCUUUUAACUCGUUCCUGUCUGGUUUCAUAUCGACAGUUGGUUGUUUUGUUUUGGCAGCAUCACUUCGCAUCCAAGUUAAUCCGGAAAACAAAAUGUUGUUUUCUCAUAUCGCGCCGGAGCGUGCUUUCGCAGAUUUCAUCUUUGCACAUGUGAUAUUUCAUCUUGUGAUUGCGAAUUUCUUAGGUUGAUUUAUUGGCACUGGUUUAGAACUGUUCAUUGUUCACUUAUGCUGUUCGUUUAUCUUUUCAUAUUCGGUUUCCCAUUGCUAUACUCUUGCUCCUGUUAGGAUGACCACCGUUCGAUGAGCAUAUUGUUUUAGUUCGAAGAAUCAAUUCAAAUGUCAGUACAACUCGAUAUCCAAAAAGGAGAAUAGGCUAAUUAGUGAAGAA